AUGACCCUUCCCAAUUCCUCCAGCGUCUUGGAAGACAAGAUGUGUGAGAGGAACAAGACCACCACGCCCAACCCCCAAAUGAUGCCCCUGGUGGUGGUCCUGAGCGCCAUCUCCUUGGUCACAGUGGGACUCAACCUGCUGGUCCUGUAUGCUGUGCGCAGCGAGCGGAAGCUACACACGGUGGGGAAUCUGUACAUCAUCAGCCUCUCGGUGGCCGAUCUGAUCGUGGGGGCCGUCGUCAUGCCCAUGAACAUCCUCUACCUCCUCAUGUCCAGGUGGUCCCUGGGGCGCCCUCUCUGCCUCUUUUGGCUUUCCAUGGACUAUGUGGCCAGCACAGCAUCCAUUUUCAGCAUCUUCAUCUUGUGCGUUGAUCGCUACCGCUCUGUGCAGCAGCCCCUCAGAUACCUGAGGUAUCGUACCAAGACCCGAGCAUCGGCCACCAUCUUGGUGGCCUGGUUUCUCUCCUUCCUGUGGGUUAUUCCCAUUCUGGGCUGGCAUCGCUUCAUGUCGAAGACGUCAGGGCACCGGGAGGACAAGUGCGAGACGGACUUCUACGAUGUCACCUGGUUCAAGGUCGUGACUGCCAUCAUCAACUUCUACCUGCCCACCUUGCUCAUGCUCUGGUUCUAUGCUAAGAUCUACAAGGCUGUACAGCAGCACUGUCAGCACCGGGAGCUCAUCCGUGGAUCCCUCCCGUCCUUCUCUGAAGAUAAGCUGAAGCCAGAGGACCUCAGCGUGGGUGCUAAGAAACCAGGGAAGCAGUCUCCCUGGGAGGUUCUGAAAAGGAAGCCGAAAGAUGCCGGUGGUGGACCUGUCUUGAAGCCAGCAUCCCAAGACCCGAAGGAGAUAAAGUCUCCAGGUGUCUUCAGCCAAGAGAAGGAUGGAGAACUGGACAAAUUCCAUUGCUCCCCACUUAACAUUGUGCAGAUGCAGAUGGAGGCAGACGGGAGUGGCAGGGAAUACGUAGCCAUCAACCAGAGCCAGAGCCAGCUUGAGAUGGGUGAGCAGGGCCUGAACAUGCAUGGGGCCAAGGAGGUAUUAGAGGAUCAGAUCCUAGGUGACAGCCAGUCCUUCUCCCGGACAGACUCAGACACCCCCCCAGAGGUGGCACCCGGGAAAGCUAAAUCGAAAAGUGAGUCUAGCACAGGCCUGGAUUAUAUCAAGUUCACCUGGAAGAGGCUUUGCUCACAUUCAAGACAGUACGUGUCUGGGUUGCACAUGAACCGAGAACGGAAGGCCGCCAAACAACUGGGUUUUAUCAUGGUGGCCUUCAUCAUUUGCUGGAUUCCUUACUUCAUCUUCUUCAUGGUCAUUGCCUUCUGCGAGAGCUGCUGUAACCAAUAUGUGCACAUGUUCACCAUCUGGCUGGGCUACAUCAACUCCACGCUGAACCCCCUCAUCUACCCCCUGUGCAACGAGAACUUCAAGAAGACGUUCAAGAAAAUUCUGCACAUUCACUCCUAAGGGAGGCUACAAGGGGAUGUAACUAAG